UGGCCCCGCCCCGUGGCCCGCCCCUGGUCCCGCUGAGGCUCCCCGCGCCAGUGGGGCGGGCCCAUUGCUCACGUUCGUUUUCCGCCCGAGGACAGACCACCUUUUUCUCCCUGCACCGCGAGCGCCUGGGCCCCACGUUCCCUCAGGGCCUCCAGGAGCCCUCCCCGCGCGCCUCGCGAGGCCUCAGUUUCUCGCCCGUGAGAAGCAGUUGGAAAUGAAGCGCCUAGGGCUGGUCACUGUGGCUUCAUCUGCCACCCAGCCUCCUCCAUCGCACUGGCCUCUGGCUUCCAUCCUCAAGGUGGCUACUGGAGCCCCAGCCAUCAAGAUGAUUUUCGUCUAGAGGAGGGUGGGGAAGGCAGGCCGAAAGGAGCAUACCUUGCAAGGGAGUCAGCUUCACUUCAGCAGCCUGCUGGGACCGUCCGGACUCACAGCCUUUCUGUUUGCAUCUCAUUGGCUGCGACCUAGCCCUCCAUCCAAGCACAGGUCGACGGAGGGUCUGCUCCACGGUCAUCACGACGCUCCACCAUCUGGCGGCCACACCGUGUAGAACACAGGCACUGGACUAGUUCCAGCAGGUUUAGGAGAGACCUCAGAAUUACAGACCGGCUUUUCACUGCCUCAGCCCUACCGCACGUCCACCUGCUUUCAUUGGUCAGCGCUGAUCACAUGACCCUGCGUCUGGACUACUGGGUCUCCAUGACUGCACCUGCUGGCCCGGCCCCUCCUGGCGGGGAUGCUUUGCAAUGUGGCAUGGGUGCCACCAGUGUCCUCUAGUGCUCGGAGUAAGGACACACAGUGACUGGACCUUCUCCAGGAAUCUGAGCAUGCGCCUGACCCACUGACCUUGCCGCCCUGCUGCCCGCUGUACCCCUGCUGUGUUCCAAGCUCUCCUUUUGAAGUAUCCUAGAACAUGGCGCUGUAUUGACAGAGCUGGCCGAUUCACAAGUGCGUGAGGGCGUUCCCAGACGGAUAUCAUGCUGAAGCCUGCUUCAAGGAUCCGGGCCUUGGCCAAUCACAAGGGGCUGGGUCGUCAUGGCGACGGGCACGCUAACAAUCUGCAUCUGGGGAAGGCCUGCUCAAGGAGCCUGGACCAUGGCGCAGAACUUGUACGGUCCCCGAGUCAGGAUGGGCAAUUGGAACGAGGACGUCUACCUGGAGGAGGAGCUCAUGAGAGACUUCUUAGAGAAGAGGGAUAAGGGACAGCUUCUCAUACAGAGAAACAGAAGACUAAAAGAUCAUCUUCUGAGACCGAUGCAGCUUUCUGUAUCUCAAGACGGAUACAUUCACAGCGGCGACAAAGUGAUGCUUGUGAACCUGGACCACCCUGAGACAGAAGCUGAUCUGUUUCUCCACGGCGACCUGAGCCUGUGUUUGACUCCAGAUGAGAUUAGAGCCCACCUGAGUGACGAAUUUGAGGUGCCCUGUGGCCUGAGUGCAGCGCCAACCGAGAUCCCCGUGGGCAGAAACACUUUUAUCAUUUUGAGUGCGGAUGGGGACGCCACCGGUCCAGUCCUUAGAUACGGGCAGAACUUUCGCCUCGGGAUGACCGGGGGAUUUGAAGACAAGAUGUUAUAUCUGUCGAGUGACCAUAGGACCCUCCUGAGGUCGUCUAAGAGGUCAUGGCUCCAGGAAGUGUACCUGACGGAUGAGGUCUCCUACCUGAACUGCUGGCAGGCUGCCUUCCCCGACCCCCAGCUCCGCCUGGAGUAUGAAGGCUUCCCCAUCCCGAAUGGGAACCCUCACACCUACCUGUGCGAGCUCCCCACGCUGCAGCCAGAGGCCACCCCCAGCACCCGGGGCAGUGGACCCCAUGACAGGUACAGUGCCCUGAUGGGUGAGAGUCCCCCAGCCCCGCAGGUGACGGUGAGCUCUGAGGCCGUUGAGGGCUGCUCCAAGGAUACCAGCUUCCUGGCUUUUCUGGCCUAUCGCCCGGAGUGGGCAGGGAGAAAGCCCUCGGACUGGGACUUCCGGGUCACGGGCACAGCACAAGGAAAGGGACGCAGGCCCGUGCCCCAGGUCCUGCUGGCCGGAGGGUACCAGGAUGGCAUUGCCCUCAGGCUCUGCAGAUGGUGA